GUAGCAAUUUCAUGUCUACAUUAAAUAAAGCAUUUAGAAAAACAAAUGCAAUACAGCAAUUUUAGUUUUUAGCAAGCAGAAAAAGAUUGCGCAUAAAGAUAGCAAAAACAAACAUAUAUUUUCAGGCUAUUUCAGAGUCCACUGAUAAAAAUACAACAUAUUCUUAUAAACUAUACCACUUAAUAUUACAACUUCUAGCCCUUAUACAACACUAUAUACUUAAAUACUGAUAUUAAGGGACUGAAACACGUUUAUUUGUUAUAGAAGACUUUAACUGCUAACAAACUUUAAACAAUCUUAUAGAAGACUUUAACUGUAGCAACAAGAUUCUAUCUCUCUCCUGCUGGACUCUGACAAGGCACUCUGAAAACAUCAAGCACUUGGAGAACCAUUCACACACACACACAGAGAGAAUCAUGAGUAGUGUAAACAGCUCUGUUUAUUUUAGGGACACAUGGAGUUUUAAUACUAUUCAGACAUACAUUGAAACACAUAAUCCUUAGCUCAUUCUUAAGGUUGAAUAACAACAGGUGUAUCUUACUCAGCGUUUCUGAUAUCUUAAGGUCUAAAAGUAGAUUUGACAUUACAACAGAAAAAAUAGGAAUCCUAAAAUACACUUGUAAUGUAUAGUUCUCCUUUGAAAUGCCUUUGUCUGUGUGGUCAGCAUUUCUUGCAUGUGGCUAGAGAGCUCAAGAAUUCAUGAUUAACAACAAAUUAUAGUAUUAAGUUUGAUACAAUAAAGAUACAUAAUAUAUAGUUAUAGAUAAAAGUAAUGAGAUAGGCCACUGGAAGGCAUAGAUGUAGGAAGUAGUGUGUUGAGGAAAACGGUGGAAGGAAUUAUUCCUUCCUCAGUGGAUGCAAUCUAGAAAGCAGCACUUUAUACCACACCAGCUCAGACUAUGACAAAAAACUACUUUAUAUUAAAAUAUCUUAGAAAUACUACUGAUCAAAAACGUAAAAUAAAAAAACAACGAAAAAUCAAUAAAAAAAAACCCAAAGGAACCAGUAACAAAUAAAGACGAAACCAAGUGAAUACAAUAGAUCCAAGCACUAUUCUCCCUGCCAGUGGCCCUACAGAGUUGGUUUGGUAGUCUCCAUGCAUACCCACUACCCCCGAGGCAGCAUGAAACCAGAAAUCAUUGCGGCUGUGGGAUUUAUCUCCAAGUUCCUCCGUACCAAGGUUGAUGAACGGCAGUUGCAGGUCUUCAACCAGUCUCUACAAGAACUGCUGUCAGACCAUUACAAACAACACUGGUUUCCAGAAAAGUCUUGCAAGGGAUCUGGGUACCGGUGUAUUCGCAUAAACCAUAAAAUGGAUCCCUUAAUUGGGCAAGCAGCAAAUCGCAUUGGACUAAGCAGUCAACUACUGUUUCAGCUUCUGCCAAGUGAACUCACUUUAUGGGUCAACCCCUAUGAAGUGUCUUAUCGUAUUGGAGAAGAUGGCUCAAUAUGUGUGCUCUAUGAAUCUGUACCAUUAUUUAGCAGCAUACAAAGUAGCAGCUCGGCAAUUGUAGAGAGCAGGAUCAGCUGUAAAGAAGAACUACUUCUGGGUCGAACAAGCCCAUCCAAAACCUACAAUAUGAUGACUGUGUCGGGCUAAGAUAUAGUCAUUGGAUAGAUCAUCUUGUAACAGAUGGAAACAUAUUGUUUUUAGUUUGGGAGGGCUCCUAUGGGGAUGGAUUGUGAAUUUCAAACAAUGUCACAGCUGUGAAGAUUGGGCACAAAAUAGUGGUAGUCAUAACUAAAGUGAAAGUGCCACGGUUUGGACAGUACCUUUCAGUAAUUUAAUAGCCUGUAUGUUAAUCAGAUUAGCACAAAAUGUUACACAUAGAAUGACCUCAGAAUGGCACUAGGCAUUGGUUUACUUUAUUAGCAUUUACCCAAAGCUCAAUUUUUUUCGCUCCUCCGCAGGAUCUCUUGCAGGGUUAAAUUUGCACUAAUGAGCUUAAAUAUAGUCCUUAUUACUCUUGGCAGCUCAGUAGCAAGAUGAAUAGUUUUGAGUAUGAAAAUUACUGUAAUAGUAUAUGGCAGACUGAACUUGCACUGAAAAUAUGUAUAGAUGUAUAUAGAAAUGAAAUAAGAAUAUUCACUCUGUCAUACAUACUUAACUCGGACCCUUCAUAUUAUUUGAUAAACUUGAACAGAGAAUAGAUAUAUUCUGCCUUGGCAACAGGCUAAAAAAAUACAUUUUAAAGACACUGUCUGAACUGUGGUGUUAUCACCAGCCAGCUUAUCUGUACAUUACUAGCUGUAGUUUUCUAAGACGGUGUUAACUUAUUUUUAGAAAGUGGAGUUCUGCUUUGUAAUUUCUUGUACUUAAUUGGGUAAAAAUCUUUUCCAGAAACCACCAUCUAUUUUGUGAAUUUUGUUAGUCUCCAUUUAUUUGGUAAAUUAUGAACUGAAAACUGUAAAUUUGUACAGUUCAUGUAUAUUGAUUGUGGCAAAGAUGUACAGAUUUCUAUAUUUUGGAUGAGAAUUUUUUUCUUCUCUAUAAUAAAUUGUUUCUUAUCUUGGCAUUUAAAAAAAAAAAGAAAAAAUAAUGAG